AUUGUUCUACGUUGUCUAUAGUCAAUUUUGUGGACAAGAAUCGAGUGUGUGUGAAAUUCGCUGUAGUUUUAUUUUAAUUAGUUAGCGUAAAUAUCUGGCAUUUUAUUAUUUUGUAGUGAAAUCAGAAAUUAAAAAUGUCUCGUAACUGAGUAAGAUGGCUUUUCGAGACUUUAACGAAUUAAAGUCUUGGCUGAUGUAUACUGAUCAUUGAAAAUUGGAAAAGAAAAAAAUAUAUAAACACCAUGGAUAAACAGACUCAGGACAAGUGGAAGGCCUUAGCGACCAUAAAAUCCUUUGAUUUAGGAUUAAAUCGCAACAGUCACCAUGAGUCCGUAUUUCAUCAGAGUAUCCAGCAUAUUGACGUCAUCAGCUCCGCGGCGACCACGCCCAUCAGUCUCCUCGUCCAAUCCCUGGUCAAGCAACUAUGUUCCCUCCUCGAGAAAGACUCCUUAAGAGCCAAUCAACUGUACAACACAAUAUGUGAGAAACUCCACAGCAUGAACCUCAUUGAUGACUCCUACGCUAUGGGUGAGUUCGAAGCCAUGAGGAGUCAGUACCAACGAGCCUUGUACCAGCUUGUAGCUGUCUCCAGUGGGUCCGAAAUACCUAUAACCAUCCCAGUGACUUGGCCGAUAGUCCAACCGUCGUGCCUCGAGUGGUCUCGAUAUCAUCGCGAAUUUGAGGAGCUGUACUUCAUAGCUGGUGGCGGCUUUGGCAGCGUCUUCAAAGCUAAACAUAGACUGGACGGUGUAGAAUACGCUGUCAAAAAGGUUUAUAUAAAGUCUUCGGAUGUAAACUCGAUCAUGACACAUUUGGCCGAAGUGAAAACCAUAGCGAGUCUCAACCACCCUAACAUAGUGAACUAUAAAGCUGCUUGGCUGGAACCCAUGAUAGAGUCCACAGUCAAAAAGAAGCGUAACUUCAAAAUGGAUACAGACACUGACGAUUUUUCCAUCAACUCCAACCUGAUUUCAUCUGCUCAUCCUAACAUAAUCACGUCUUUCAAAACUCACAAUUCCAAGGAGUUGAUCAAUCAGAAGAGUCUAUCAGACUUUGUGAUUUCUUUCAAGAAUUCCAAUAGCUUUGCAAGUUCUCAAGAGGAUUUGGAAGAGUCAGAAUUUCAGUCUGAAGAUGACACGACAACUUCACCACAGGACGAGAACGCUCUCGCUAACAUAUUCAACAGCAAAGAAUUUGAAAACUGCUCCCGAGUCAACUUAAAAUGGGCGACUUUGUACAUCCAAAUGACUUACUGCCAGCAAACUUUAAAGCAGUGGUUGGAUGACAGGAACCAUCACAUGACAGCCAAUAGAAAAGGAUCUGAUGACAUGACACUUCACCACUGUGAUUCGUCAGAUUCUACAUGCCUUGAAUCCCCUGAUUUGGCGUACCCAGUGGCUUGGACACAUAUUGAUGUCCUCAUAGACAUGUUUACGCAGUUAGUGAAAGGGUUGCAUUAUAUUCAUUCUAGAGGGAUUAUCCACCAUGACAUAAAGCCUAGUAAUGUGUUCGUGGCUCAGACUGAAGGUGGAGUGACAGUCCAAUUGGGGGACUUUGGCCUGGCCUGUCCGUUGCAGCAGUCUCAUAGUGGACUGGCUUUGGGAACGCAUUUGUAUGCUGCGCCUGAGCAGUUGGAGGGACAAUGUAAUCCUAAGAGCGACAUGUACAGCCUGGGAAUAAUACUCUUAGAAAUGGUAGAACCCUUCAGCACCGAUAUGGAGCGAGUGAAAACCAUCACCGACCUCCGCAAAGGUCAGAUUCCAGCCCACUUGACUGCCAACUACCCCAAAAUAGCCCAUAUCAUAGGCAAGCUGGUCCAAAGAAGACCAGCAAAGAGGUUGGAUACCGCCCAACUUUUGGAAGAAUUGAAGGCUUUGGCAGAAAAUAAAGAUGACACCAUUAAGACUUUGAGAGAGGAACUAGCAGCUAAAGAUGAUGAGAUUGCCAAGUUAAAAUUGAUGUUGGCGAAAUUUAACUAUCAGAAUUAAGUUGUGUGAAUGAUUGAUAGCUUGAUUUGAAUGAAGUAAACCUUUUUGAGUGUUUUGGGAGGUUUGUUGAAGUGUACUUAAAUCAUUGGGAUUGUGUGUGUGAAAUUAUUUAAUUAAUAUACGAUUAGUUUUACGGAUUGAA